AUGCCUUCCACCAGGAAUGCCACCUAUGUCGCGGCGACUAUCCUUAUGCACCUGGCAUUUAGCAGUCUCGCUUCACCUACGGGUCUGGGGAGUUCUGCUUCUCUCGGAAGACGAUACACAGAGAGCAUUAAUGGCUGCAAUCCAGACCAAACAACUAAACUCAAUCAGGACUUUGCCGACGCGGCCAGUUUCGCCCUGCAUGCUUAUAACGACAUGAGUAAAGACCACGCCGCGACCGAGGGAGAUGGCGCGGAUGAAGAUCUCUUGCAAGCUCAGCAUCUCUGGGGCAUCGUUGCCUCGAACAACGACCCUACGAAUCCGCCGUACAAAUUUUCGGUCCGGUGCGCACCCAAUGAUGAUCAAGAGUGCUCAUCUCGUACCACGCAGAGCUUCGCGAUUACUGAUGCCCGACCACAAGACGGAGACACUGCGCGUCAGAUGAAAAUCUGCCCGAUUUACUUCACUCAUGACUGGUCUAAACAAAGCACCACUUCGCACAAGUGGAUUCCCAAUCCAGGUCGCAGAGAUGACUCGUGGUGCAAACCGGAGGCCAAAUUCCGGGACUUCUCGGUCGGGGGGUUGGUUCUGUUGCAUGAGAUGACACAUCUUGACGCCGUGACGAAAGCCGCGAGCUAUCCUUCAGUACAUGAUGAUGAUGGAAACUUUGACACACAUGCCACGGAAGAUGUCCAAGGGGUGCCCCCAGACAACAAUCCCCCUUUGCAGGCCCGGAACCUUGCCAAGAUCUGGCAGCAAGGGAAGGAGGGUGAUUGCGAGGAUCUCACCCAGCCAUUCCGCAACGCAGAGAGCCUUGCGGCGGCUGCCCUUGAGGCAUAUGCCAUGAAGUUCUGUAAGCUAGGCAACAUCGACAUUUAA